AGCGCAGGAGAUUUGAAUUGUUUGUGUGCUUUUGCGUUUUAUUGUAGCAGUUUGAAUGCGGGACAGGAAAGAAGAUCUGUGAUAUUUCUGAGGAACUUGAGGUCUGAACCGGAUCAAUCUGUUUCCCUCAGAGACGAAACAACAUCAGGAUGAACUGUCGAGCUAACAGCGAUUUGCUCUUUCUGCCUGAUGAGAAGUUUGACUUCGAUGUGUCUCUGUCACCUGCCAGCUCCAAAGGUGACGAAGAUGAAGAUGAGGUGUUCAUCGGUCCAGUCAGCCAUAAGGAGAGGUGUAUAUCUGUUGAUGUGGUGUCUCGACUUGAGGACGGCAGCGGUGGCAUGCAGGUGAGCUGGAGUCCGCUGACCGGAGAUCAGCUGGAGGCUGUGUGUCAGGAAGCCCACAGACUAGCCAACCAGCUACUGACCAACGAGAUGAGCUGCCACAACAAGGAUGAAAAGACCGCCAGCGUAGCCACGGACCCUAUAACCGACACAGAGGAUUUCAUCCAGGACGCUGAGACCAAACUUGGUGUGCUCAGUCAGAGCACCACUGCACUCAGCCCCAUCAAACGUCAGACCUUCUGUGUGCAGGACAGUCCCAUGAAACAGCUGCCGCCUGCUGUCCAGUGCCGCCUGCUCAGAGAAAACAAGGCAGCUUCAUCCACCAGGCCGGCCUCCAAUAGCACAAAGCCGUUCACGCGCCCAGCUGCCCCUGCCAGACUCAGCACCUCCAGCCCCGUGGCCAAGCCUCAUCUUAGGACGGGGCUGCGAGGUAAAGCCUCACUGGGCGUCGUGUUGCCGAGCAAACUGGCUGCCCCGACGACUUCCAGCUCAGCAAGCAAGAGCAGAGCGGAGAAAACCACCAGACUGCAACCACCGAGCAAAUCCGUCGGGGGUUGGAGGCCUAGCCCGGCCUCUCGCCCCUCCAGCAAGGCUGAGUCGUGUGAGGAUCUGCUCUCUGAUUCGGCGAGCGUGGCUUCUGACAUCAGCGACUCUUCCCUUAACUCUAGUCUGCAGGGAAGACGCACUCUGGCUCCACCCACCAAGAGUGUUGUGAGGAACCUGUCAGGUGUGAAAGCUCCGCCCCUUCAGAGCAAGAGGGUGACAGACAGGAAGAACACAUCCUCAUCCUCGUCAUCAGUGUCCAGCUUCAACUCCAGCCUAUCUCUGUCCCCCGCUAAAGGUAAACUCAACUCUUCUUUGAACCGGAGUAUGAGCGGCUCCACUGGCCCCGCCCCCAGCAGCAUCAGCAAGCCUGCGAAUCACAGCAGGCCACGCCGCUCAACCGUCUACAGUAACACAGAGCCAGCGUCCUCCACCGCCGGCCGCCCCUCACUGUCCGCAAAGGCCAGGAAGCCACCUGAGGUGGACCGUGUCAAAACCACAAGGUCUACGCCCCUCCAGCAGACGCCCACCAAGAGAGUUUUGGAGAGGUCCGCCAUGAUCCCCACCACUGCCUCAACCCGGCCGCAGAGCGCAUUGAAGACCAAAUCCAAACCUGAGGCCCUGGUCCCUCCGACACCCAGUGGAGGAGUCAGAGGACUCUCCCUCGGAGAUGAUGUCUCAAAGACGUUGAAGCCGAAGAGGCUGAUGUCAGCAGGCUGUGUGGACAGUCUUCCUCAGAAGCCCUCUAUUGGUACUCUGACGCCCUCUGCUGGCAGCUGCAGGUCGUUGCAGGUAAAGGCGCGGCGUCCCUCCACCCUCCCCACCCCAGUGAGACGCAGGAUGUCCACCAUUCCCGUUGCCACUCCCACCAACCAGCUCCGGCCCACAAGACCACCUCCCACCUCUGACACUGACUCCGCCCCUGUUUCCUCCUCAGCCAGGAGAGAGAGAAGCUACAGCCCCGCCCCCACAGACACACAGGAGGCGGAGCCUGUCGAUGCCCCGGACAUCCAGCCCUUCUGUCUGGAAGAGGAGCCUCCUGCUUCUCCGCUCUCCAGUCCUCCACAGCCUGACCAAUCAGAGAGCACGGAUCCUGGAUCGCCAAGUCAGAGCGAAUCAGAGCCCGGCAGGAACCUGAUCGAACUGGAGACGGCAGAGGAGACCAACAACAAGACACAGGAGGUUCUCCUGUUGGAUCUUCCAGCUCCGACUCUGCAGCCUCAAGAGAAACUACUCAUCGACUUGACCAACACCCCCGACCUGAUCCGGACCAGCAGCAAGCCUUGCACCACCAAUCAGCAGCUGAUCGACCUGAGCUCUCCGCUCAUCAAGUGGAGUCCAGAAGACAAGAGGGAGAACAACGCUCCACUCAUCAACCUGUCCUUCUGAUCCAGAUCCCAGAAGACCUGGAUCUGAGUAAACUGGACUCAGCAGGUUUUUGUCUUCAGAAACUCUAAUAAUAUGCCAGUGAAGUUAACGAGAGUUUUUAUCAGUGAAGUCUUUACUGAAGCUAAGUAUUAUGUUUUAAUGAUGAAAAUACUCAGUUUUUCUGCACCUGAUUGUACUUUUGUCUCCGUCUUGCUGCUCUUAUUGAU